AUGGCGUCCUUUGUAGGAAAAACGAAGGAAGAAGCCCCCAAUCAACCCCAAACGUUCACAACCUCACCCUUCAGAUUCACAGCCAAGAUUCUGGCCACCAAGACCCAGAACUACUUUGCUCAGACUAAAAGAACGGAGACUAUCUUGAUCCAGAUUGCCUUCUCCAUUGGGCUAGGUAGCAUGUGGCGUUUUCCUUACCUGUGUCAUCGGAAUGGAGGAGGUGAAUUUAUCCUGAUGUACCUCCUCAUGCUCUUGUUGUUCGGAAUUCCCCUGUUGUACAUGGAGAUGAUCAUGGGGCAAUGGCUGCGCAUAGACAGCAUCGGGAUCUGGAAGCAGCUCGUCCCCUGUCUGGGCGGCAUAGGCUACGCUAGCAUACUGGUGUGCAUCUUGGUAAGCCUGUAUAAUAGCAUCAUCAUCAGCUGGAGCUUAUCCUACUUGGGCAACUCCUUUUACCACGCCCUGCCCUGGAACCAGUGCCCGCUGGCAACGGACUUCAAUGUCACCGACCUCUCCUGCCUUCAGACUGUGCCCCACCAGUACUUCUGGUACCAUACCACCCUGAAUGCCUCCAGCUACAUUGAGGAAGGGAUCAAGAGCCUCGUCCCGAAUCUCACCCUGGGCAUCUUCGCAGCUUGGUUCAUCCUGUUCGUUAUCAUAAUCACAGGGCUAAAGAUCUCCAUGCCGAUCCUGAUUCUCUCCGUAUUCCUCCCGUACAUCACCCUGCUCUGCCUCCUGAUCCGAGGUCUCUUCUUGGAAGGCGCAGCCACCAGUCUCAGACGUAUGGUGAUGACAGAGCCCUCCGACUGGGCCUCGCUGGACCGGUGGUAUCAGGCGGGAGGCCACGUGCUCUAUUCCCUGGGCCUAGGCAUGGGCACUGUCAUCAACAUCUCCUACAAGGCUGGAGACAACAACUAUAUCCAGGUGGCCUUGUGGACGGUCGUGGUCAACCUGGUGACCUCAUUGCUGGCCACGUCUAUCAUCUUUAUAGUGCUGGGGUUCUGGGCCACCACCAGUGGUCAAGCCUGUGUUGAGAAGAGUGUCCUAAAGCUGACGAAUCUGAUACGCAAGGGGGUGCUGCCUCAGAAUGUCAGGCCCCCCAAAGACAUUCUACUCCUGCCCUCUCUGGACUAUCUAAAGUGGAUCGAAAAGCUCCCUCAACACCUCCAGUACGAGGUCGUGCACUCCUCCCCACCCUGCAGCAUCAGGGAACAGAAAGAAAAGUUCAUGCAGGGCCCUGGCCUGGCAUUUGCAGCCUUUUCCCAAGCCGUCUCGUUGCUUCCUGGCGCCUCCUUCUGGUCCAUUGUCCUCUUCCUGGCCCUCCUCGUCACAGAGCUGAGUGCCUUGAUAAAGAUCCUGGAAGGCAUUGUCUUUUCCCUCCAGAACACCAUCUCCACCAUUAAGAAGUACCGCCUGAUGCCCCCAGGUACUGUGGAUUCUCACUCCCGGCUUGCUUCGACCCCUGACCCGGUCCUACACAUUGACCUCAGUGUGGCCAAACCUGCCUCUGCCUUAGUGGUCAUCUGCUUGGGAGGUUUCCUCGGCAGCCUGGUCUUCACCAGUCACCCUGGCAGCUACAUAAUGUCUUUGUUUGAUGACCACCUGAUCCCGCUGAUCCUUUUCAUCAUCGUGGCCUUCCAGAAUACGACCCUGGCCUGGAUCUAUGGAGCUAACAGGUUCAGGGAAGAAAUGUACAGUGGGCUGGGCCACUUGCUAUGGUCCUUCUUCACCUUCCUGUGGUGCUAUGUGACCCUCCCCGGGCUGCUGGCCCUCCUCAUCAUCUGCCUCAUGGGUCUCUAUGAGAGCAAGCCCCGUUAUUACAUCGCCUGGAACAGAAACAUGACCCAGGAAGUAAAACAACCCUACAUGCAGAGCACCUUGGGCUGGAUCACCUUCCUCAGCGUCCUCACCUUCCUACCAAUCCCGAUCUAUCCACUUCACCAGUGGUGGUACCUCCAGGACCACAUUGUCAACGAACCCUUUGAAAAGCCACUGUCCAAAAAGAUGCCCUUGGUGCCCACCAAGCCCUCACAGCGGCUUAAUUACUUCUUGGCCAAGCCCACCUUCAUGUCCCAGGAGAGAAGGAGCGAGAUCUCGACCAAGAGGUCCAGCACGGUCAGGGGGCUGGACUCCAUGUGGUGGUUCCACCUGCCCUCGAAUCAGCAGAGUAGCAGCUCUUCCAGGUUCAGCAUACCUCUCAUUGCCUCCCUCACAUCCAUCUUCUCCAUGAGGAGCCUCAGCCUCCCCAGUUCGAGGCAGGUGAGCCCGAGCUCCAACAUAGACAACAGUGACAAAAGCAAGGAGAAUAAUGAAGAAUCUGCCCAAGAAGUCUGUUCAAUAACUGGGGACUCCGCCCAUUCCCCCCCCCCCCCCCCCAGGAGCAAAUCUGUCAGGUGA